AUGGCAACAAGCAAUGGCAGAACCAAGAUAACUGCACUUGUUGUCGAUGAUGAUAGAAUCAUUAAAACCAUUCAUAGUAAGCUCUUGAGUAAGUUGGGAAUCGAAAACCAGGUUGCUGCCAAUGGAGAGGAAGUUGUUGCCCUUCAUUGUUCAGGCAAAAAGUUUGACCUUAUUGUGAUGGACAGGGACAUGCCUAUCAUGAAUGGGAUUGAGGCAACAAGGGAACUCCGUGCCCUGGGCAUACAUAGCAUUAUUGUAGGCGUAUCAACACGUUUCCUCGAGCAAGAAAUACAAGAAUUUAUGGAUGCUGGCCUAGAUGAUUAUCAGGAGAAGCCUUUGACAAGUUCUAAGGUCAUCUCCAUCCUCCAUAAGAUCAACCACAAUAGUUGA